AUGUCUUCUAGUGAUAAAAUGCUCAGAGAGGAUGAUGCCGGUAUUGUAAAAAAGAGCAAAAAGAAGCAGAAGAAGGAAGAUACCUGGAGACCAGAGAGCCAGAGAGACCCAUUUGCUAUGGUGAACAUUCUGCCAGAGAAGAUGCAGGAGGAACUCCAGAAAACACUCCAUCUAUUCUCUUUAGGUCAGAAUCUGCCUAAAACCCUACAUGAGGCCAAGAGACAUACUUACCGCUUUUGGGAGACACAACCUGUCCCCAGACUGGAUGAUCAUGUUACAACACAUGGACCAGUAAUAGAAGAUGAGGCCACCGUCCGCAGUGAUCCUUAUUCUCUGCCACAAGAUUUCUGCUGGGACACUCUGGACUUCAGCAAUCCCACCGUGCUGAAAGAGCUUUGCACUCUGCUAAAUGAGAACUACAUGGAGGAAGACGACAACACUCUGAGGCCUAUCUUCAGUCAAGAGUAUCUACGGUGGACUUUACAGCCCCCUAAUUGGGAGGCCCAAUGGUACUGUGGUGUGAGAAUAAACACCAAUAAGAAGUUAGUUGGCUUCAUUAGUGCAGUUCCCGGGGAUGUCCGUGUAUAUGACAGGGAGAAGCAAAUGGCACAGGUCAAAUUCUUGUGUGUACAUAAGAAGCUGCGCCUGAAACGGAUGAGUCCAGUUCUGAUCCGAGAGCUCACCAGACGGGUCAACCAGCAGGGACUGUACCAGGCCGUCUACACAGCUGCUGUGGUGCUGCCCACACCGCUGAGCUCCUGCAGAUACUGGCACCGGCCUCUGCAAACCCAAAAGCUGAUGGGAAUCAAUCAUCCAGCUGUGAGAAGGAACAUGACCCUGCAGAGAGCCUGCAAAUUCAACCGCCUGCCAGAGGUAACAAAGACCCCAGGUCUGCGCCUCAUGACCAAACACGACAUUCCGCAGGUUCACUCGCUGCUCUGGGAAAACCUCGGCAGGUUUCAUCUUACUCCCAUCUUCUCCCUGGAGGAAGUAGAGCACUGGCUGUUGCCACGGGAGAAUGUGAUUGACAGCUAUGUUGUGGAGGCGGAUAACGGCGCCUUGACAGAUGUGGUGAGUUUCUACAGCCUCUCAUCCCGGGUCCUGCAUCACCCGAUCCACACCGAGCUGACAGCGGCUCACCUCCUCUACCUCGCCUCAGCUGCCACAGACCCGGGUGAACUGAUGCAGGACGCUCUGGUCCUCGCCAAAUCUAAAGGUCACGACAUCUUCACUGCUCUCGAUGUGAUGGAUAACAGGAGUUUUCUGGAGAAACUCAAGUUCAGCAUCAGUGAUGAGACCUUGCAUUACUACCUUUAUAACUGGAUGUGUCCUCACAUGAAUCCAAGCGAGGUGGGGUUGGUGUUGCCAAACUGACCCACCGAGGGCCGUGAAGAACAUAGAGGAGGAAAUGUUAAAGGUGUUACAAGAGCAAAUCUAUCAAAAUCACAAAGAUGAAAUUGUGUCUGUAAAUAUGUGGAUGCAAGUGUCACACUGGAAGCAGCGUUUCUCACAUGAUGGAAAAUAUAAAUAAAUUCAGUCACUGACACGGUGUUAAAACUUUCCUUUUUGCUAAAGCUUA